CGGACAAGCUUCGAUUGCUGACGUCUAUCAACUUCUCUAAGAAAAGAGGAAAGAUGCGGACCGGACUGAAUCUGUGUAUGGAGGAUGUCAGGGAAGGAACACCAGAUCCCCUUACUCGCCGCAUACUUCUCAGCCAGAUUGCCGCCUUGUACGAUCCGAUUGGUCUCGCUUCACCAGCCAAACAGAAGGGUGUGAUGCUGGUGAGAGAAUCAUUCCAGGAAGCUGGUAAGGACAAGGACAACCCAUCUAAAGAUACAUGGGACGCCCCUCUCUCACCAAAACUUCGAGAGUCUGCAAUCACACUCUUUGAAGAGUAUGUGAGACUUGGCCAGGUCAGAUUUGAGAGAAGCCUCACGCCACCGGGAGCCAUAGGCCAACCAACAGGGAUCACAUUCUCAGAUGGAAGUGAGUCCUCCUAUGGAGCCGUGCUCUACCUGCGGUGGGAAACCCAGGACAAAAUUGAAGUGAAGCUGGUGGAAUCCAAGGCUAAACUCACCCCCCUCGAUCAAAAGGGAGAUGUGAUCAAGGCAGAACUGUGUGGUGCGGUUUUUGCUACCCGCCUUAAAAAGUACUUUGAGAAGCACUGCCACAUAAAGGUCAAGCAAUGGGUUCACUUUGUGGACAGCCAAACAAUCCUGGCAGCCAUCCAAAAGGACAGCUACGGCUACCAAACAUUUUUUGCUAAUCGCAUUGGUGAGAUUCAGAAAGCUGGUCAAGUGGAAGAUUGGAGGUGGAUUGAAGGCAAGCUGAACAUUGCUGACAUACUUACCAGAGGUGCAACUCCUGAGGAGCUCAACGAAGGGUCAGAGUGGCAGCAAGGCCCUGAGUUUCUGAAGUUGCCCGAGACUGACUGGCCUAUGAAGAUGGCCAGUGAAAUUACACCCUCUGCUGCUGAAGAUGUGGGAAAACUACAGCGGAAAGCCUUCUCAGCGGUGGUUACCAGAGCCCAGUCAAAACAGAGAACUGACCCCAACAUGCCUGACCUCAAGGUAGAAGCCAAGUAUGAAGGAGUCAAUGGCAAACAGAUACCACCCGCUGUCCCUGGUGCAACAUCAGUGGAAGACAGACCAAGAAAGCCCUGGGCGGUUGGGCUAGUGCACCUCGUGGAGCCUCAACGCUUCAGUUCUUUGCCUAAGUUGUGUGGUGCCAUAGCCUGGACUCGACGGGCUGCAGAAAUCUGGCUGAAGGGACGCCAGACACCAGACUCACCAAAGUGGGAGGCAAGAUGUCAGGCACCAGACUCACUAAAGUGGGAGGCAAACCAGCUUGUCCUGUCUACUGAGGAGAGAGCACAGGCCUUCCAAGACUUGGUCCUCGCAGCCCAAGAUGGUAGUCACUUCCUAGACUCAACAUUGAACCGCUUGGUUGUCUACAAGGACGAGACCACAGGAAUCCUUCUCUGUGGAGGAAGAAUCCAGUCCUGGAGGGAAGAUGGUACAUCUGUUCCUUUGAUUCCAUUUCAUUCUUGGCUUGCAACCCUGCUGGCAAGAGAAGCCCAUGACGAGAAUCAUGAAGGUGUUGCUGCCACACUUCUGCGCACCAGGAAGAAAGCAUGGAUUGUGCAAGGUCGGAGAAUAGCAAAGAAAGUUGUAAAUGACUGCAUUACAUGCCGCAAACUGAAAGGAAAAAUGUGCCAGCAGAUGAUGAGUGAUCUGCCGCCAGAGCGCUCCCAGCGUGCUAACCCAUUUGAGUAUACCACACUGGACCUCUUCGGCCCCUUCGAAAUUAAAGAUGCUGUCAAGAAAAGAACAGGGAAGAAGGUAUGGGGCAUAGUAUUCUGUUGCAUGGCAUCCAGGGCAGUGCAUGUGGACCUUGUGGACGACCAAUCAUCUGAAAGCUUCCUUCAGGCAUACUUCCGCUUCGUAUCAUUGAGAGGCCAUCCCAGAAAACUGUGGUCAGACAAGGGAACCAAUUUUAUUGGUGCUAAACCUGCCCUACAAGACUUGCACAGGUACUUGGCUACCUUACGGGAAGCAUCCAUUGAAGACCAGGCGGCCAAGCAUGGAACAGAGUGGGCAUGGAACUUUCAUCCAGCUGACGCACCACAUCGCAACGGGGCUGCGGAAGCUGCAGUUAAGCUCAUAAAGAAAGCUCUCACUAGCCUUGGAGGGACGACAAGCUCACUCACCUGGGGCGAACUCCAAACCCUCUUCUACCAGGCAGCUAACCUCACCAAUGAAAGGCCGAUUGACGCCAGGGCACAAGAGCAAGAGGACUCCAUAGAGUAUCUGACCCCCAACACUCUGCUCCUUGGAAGGACCAGUCAAGGAGGAGAUACAGGAGGAAUCGACUUGUGCACCCAUCCUUGGCGUCGCCUCAGAGCCAUCCAGAUUGGUGUGGAUAUGUUCUGGAAGAAGUGGAGUGAACUUGCCGGACCUAACCUCUUUGUUCGUCCAAAAUGGCACCAGUCACAAAGGAAUGUAGCGAUUGGUGACAUUGUUUGGAUCGCUGACCAAAAUGCACUCCGAGGCCAAUUCCGGCUUGGACGGAUCCUGGCUGUGUACCCCGACAAGAAAGGACUUGUGAGAGACGCAGACGUAAAGACCUGUGCAGGCCUCUCUGCCUCGUUGACUGCUGGGCAAGUCAAGAGGAACCCUCAGCAGCCAACAGCAGUCAUCCUACGGAGAGACGUAAGGAGAUUAGUAGUCCUCAUCCCUGUGGAAGACCAGUGACCCCUGGACAUCGUUAGCCAUCAGUUCUGACGUCACUGCCCCUUCUUUCUCUCUUUCUCUCUCUCUCUCCAGCUGUUUGGCACGUGUCUAUGCUGCCAUCGGCACCACUUGCACCAUUCAUGAAGAAUGAAGAAUACACACUCCAUAUGACCAAACCUGGCAGAACACUACACAUCUGUCAGGGGAGGUGUCCGAACAGGGACAAUGACUAUCCUUCAUGACAAGAAUAUUGUAUGUGAAAAAAAAAAAAAAAAAAAAAAAAAAAAAAAUUUGUUGUUUGUAUUAUGAGGUGUAAUGUGAUGUUUGUCUGUGACCGCCUUGGAUCACAUGAUCAGUCGGUCAAGUGGGAGGUGUUGCGUUCGCUAGGUUGCGGGUGAGACACGGGAAAGCCACGGGUGAUUAGGUGAUUAGUGGUAGCAGGUGAGCAAGUGGGAGGUUCACUUACCUGGCUGAAGCAUGGGCCAGUAAACAGUUGAAACGUAAUAGUAGUAAUCCAAUAGCGGCAAACUAGAAUCCGGUAAUGAACGAGCACGAGCUAUAAGAGGGUACGAGCACUAGUUUGGCAUGUUGUCUCGUCAGGAGAGAUGCGCCACCGGUAAGCUGCUGUUUACAUUGUUUCAACUGCGGUUUCAGUUUGUCUGUUGUUUGUGUUGCCGCUGUGCUGCCGUGAUGCGGUUCAUGUGCUGGACAACUGUUACUUUGGUCACGCUGAUAAAACAUUCUUAGCGGUCUGUUGAUUAACGUUGCCGGUUUCAUAAUCCGUGUCUGUUUGAAUUGUAGCGCUUUCACCGUCACAUGAGUACACUUCCUAUUUUGCGGUGCUGGGUGGGUGACGUAGUUGUUUGUAAUUGGUUGUAUUCCCGCUCGCAAUGCAGGCUGGGUAAUGUAGUCAGUCGGUUAAUACUAAUAAUGAAUUGAUAUGCUCUGCUUUACUAUUUAUAUUGUGCUAUUUAAAAUGCUUAAUAAUGCUUACUGAUUAUUGCAAUUGAUGGAUAUGUAUUUAUAUGAAUUCAUACAGUAUAUUUAGCCUAUAUUUGUGUGUUUUUUAUAUAUGGAUAUAUUUUGUAUUAUUCAGGAGUUUAUACAGUAUGCUUACUUGGCUAUCAAUAUUGCUGUUUACAUCAUAGCCUUUUUAUUCUAUAGGUUUAUAACCUACUGCAACC